CCAGAAGCUAUAAAAAGCGCGUUGAACUUUUGGAAGUAUACUUUAUAUAUCGAAGCUGCCAAACCAUGAGGACCAGCAAAGUCUCCUUAAUCGCCUUCAGUUUAAUUGCACUGGCGUCCCUCCUUCCUUCAAGAGUGGAAUCUUUUAAAGUCGAUCUCGAUAGGCUUGACGCAUGCGUUGACCAGGGAAUCCAAGCACUCACUUCAUUAGCCCUAAAGGCAGUACCAAGUGUUAAGAGCAUAGCAGCAUGUUCUAAUUUUAAUCCAAUGAAGACCAGGGGCCUUGAUCUUACCGAACUUGGGUUGUUAACCUAUCAGUAUUUGCAAAAGAUCGUUGGCAACCAGAGAUGUCUGUUGAAUACCAUCAAGGAACUUUACGAUCACAUUAAUCCAUAUCUUAACAGGAUUAUGCGGCUCAGAUGCGUUGCUUCAGUAUGAUUUCGUAAAUAAUGAAAAUGAGCCGUGUAAAUAUUUUUACCGAUAAUAAAUAAUUGAAAAAUUA